CCGGUAUCAUAUCCCCCCCUUUGCCUUGAUUCCUGGAAUGGUUCUUUUCUCGGUUUCUGCGUUCAUCUGAUCCCCCCAAUCCGAGCAUUGGCCACUGCAAACACUCAGUUCUCCCGCAGCAUAACAUCUAGCCCACCCCCGAUUGUAAUCUCGCCAUAUCACUCUACCGGCAGUGUUCCACAGUAAGUUAAGGUUCAGAACAACGGAUCGUGAAUUACCCGUACUGCAGCAGCGAUACCAGCACAGCAGGAGCACGAGCCGAGAUCCUGUGUGAGCACGGUAAAGCUAGACUACCGAAAACUAUAAGAGCGUGACACCGUACCGGUGCUGCCCAGCCCUGUGGUCCGGGAAUUUUGGGAACUGGAAAGCAGUCUAGAGAGUACGAGUACGGUAGUCAAAUUGGGACAGAUUCAUGGAAAGGGUCUCGUUUGCAGUUUGCAGCACUACUACAAUUGACCAGUCCACUCGUAGACCAUGAUACAUUGAUGCUGCUAGAGUACGGCAGACUAUGGUACUC